CAUGGCAAAAUCAAUGGAAAGGCGUGGACAGCGGAGACCGCUCUUUUCCUGGAUGUUAUGUUUGGACUCUCAUCUUUCAGCACGUGCACGUCUGUUCUGGACUGCAAUGGUAUGCUCUCUCGUCAAUCUAGAGAUAGAAAGUGGAAAGACGCCCUGUCACUGACCAGAGGAGAGAGAGAGAGUAGUCAGAAAUUCAGAGAUAGAGAGAGAGGUGAUAGAGCACGUGCUUGAGGAAGCAGGCAGACAGAGUCCAAAAAUAACAUCCGGAAGAGAGACAAAGAGAAAGAGGAAAGAGUGUGCAGAAGUCAUCUGUUUUCUUCUAAUCGCCGUUUCUGCAACACUAAGCGGAACAUAGGUUUCUUCUUUCCACCUCUAUAAGCCCACCCAACUUCUUCGGAACGCCCCUAGGGCAAGAACCACAGUUAAUUUCCUUCCAAUCAUGGUUUUUCACAAAUGGGCAUUUGCUGUGCUUCAUGUGCUCGCACUAUUCAGUUCCAUUUCAUGGUUUGAUGGAGUUUUUGCAGAGACCCCAACAGAUAUUUUGCAGAGAGCCAAGCAGCCAGAGAUGUUGGAAUGGCUUAGACAUAUAAGGAGGAGUAUACAUGAGCACCCUGAGCUUGGGUUUGAGGAAUUUGAGACAAGCAAAUUGGUCAGAAGGAAGCUCGAUGAACUUGGGGUUCAGUAUAAAUGGCCUGUUGCGGUGACUGGUGUUGUGGGUUUUAUUGGAAGUGGACGCCCGCCUUUUGUGGCCAUUCGAGCUGAUAUGGAUGCUCUUCCUAUUGAGGAGGCUGUUGAGUGGGAGCACAAGAGCAAAAUCCCGGGGAAGAUGCACGCUUGUGGGCACGAUGCCCAUAUCACAAUGCUACUUGGCGCUGCAAAGAUCCUUCAAGAGCGUAAAGAUGACUUGCAGUUGCAACAGGGGACUGUGGUUCUCCUCUUUCAGCCUGCUGAGGAAGGAGGUGGUGGAGCAAAGAAAAUGAUAGAGGCUGGAGCUUUGGAAAAUGUUGAAGCCAUUUUUGGAAUGCAUGUGGUUCCUGACAUUCACAUUGGUGCUGUAGCUUCUAAGCCUGGCCCACUUAUGGCUGGGUCUGGCUUCUUUGAUGCAGUAAUAAGUGGAAAGGGAGGUCAUGCAGCUAUUCCUCAGCAUUCGAUCGAUCCCAUUUUAGCUGCGUCAAAUGUUAUUGUUAGCUUGCAGCAUCUUGUUUCACGGGAAGCAGAUCCCUUGGAUUCACAGGUAGUAACGGUUGCAAAGUUUCAAGGUGGCGGUGCAUUUAAUGUUAUUCCUGAUUCUGUCACUAUUGGUGGCACCUUCCGUGCUUUUGCGAACAAUACUUUUUAUCAACUCAAGCAGCGAAUCCAAGAGGUAAUAGUGAGCCAAGCAGCUGUGCAAAGGUGCAGCGCAUCAGUGAACUUCUUCGAGAGCGAUCGCCCGUUCUUCCCACCAACAGUGAAUAACAAGGACCUCCACGAGCUCUUCUCGGGAGUAGCAAUUGAGAUGUUGGGCCGUACCAACCUCCAAGAAAUGCAGCCAUUAAUGGGUGCUGAAGAUUUCUCUUUUUACGGGGAGAAAAUACCCGCUUAUUACUUCUUUGUGGGGAUGAAAAAUGAGUCUCAAGGUCCCCUUGCUUCUGGUCACUCUCCCUUUUUCACAGUCAAUGAGGAUGUGCUUCCUUAUGGUGCAGCUCUACAUGCAUCAUUGGCCAUUAGGUACCUUAACCUUCUUCAGUCCUCUCAAGCUCCUCCUAGCCAUGUUUCUUCUGAUAAAGGUAGCCAUGACGAAUUGUAAAUGUAGACUUAAGUGCCUAGGGCAAUAGCUUUAUAGAACUGAUGUCCCUUGAUUCUGUGUAUCCAUAUUCAAAUAUUUGGGUGGAAAGCCAAUUUCAUAUUUGCAAUUGCAGAGGUUCAAAAACCUUGAAGAAGAUUUUAGUAAAAAGCAUUAGAAAUACUGUACAUUGUAUUGAUUGUGUAUUCAUAUUCUGAAAUUUGGGAGGGAACAUUGUGCUGCACUUGAAGAGGAUAUUUUAGUAAAUGUGUCAGAAUAAAAUUUCAUCCA